AUGCUGCCCAAGCCAAAGAAGUACAUAAGCUGUCUGUACGAACAUUUCGGUCUGACCUCGUUUAAGCCGCUGCAAUGGAAAGCGAUUCGCGCCCUGAUAGCACAGCCCCGCGGCGGGGAUGUGUGCGCGGUAAUAGCCACCGGCUAUGGCAAAUCGCUAACCUAUCAGUUUCCCGCCUUUUAUCUGAAGAAGGUGGUCGUUGUCAUAUCGCCGCUAAUCGCGCUGAUGGAGGACCAGGUGAACGCGCUGAAUCAGAAGUCGAAGACGGGACCGUGCGCCUGUCUGCUGGGCACCGCCCAAGAGGAUCGUGCCAUCAAGGAGCGCAUUUUGGCGCUGCAAUUCAAAUUGGUCUACGCAACGCCGGAGUAUAUAACCCGCGGCAAUGGUUUGAAGAUGUUGCGCGAUCUCGGCCACAAUCUGGCGCUGAUUGCCAUCGAUGAGGCGCACUGCAUCUCGAAGUGGGGCCACGAGUUUCGCCCCGCCUACCGCCAGCUCAGCCAGCUGCGUCUGGCUGUGCCCCAGGUGCGUCUCCUGGCGCUAACCGGCACCGCGACGCUGCGUGUGCGUCGCGACAUCUGCGAGCAGCUGCAGAUGCGCCGGCCGCAGCUGCUCUGCAGCGGCCUGGAUCGACCCAAUCUGGAGCUGACGGUGCGCCCGAAAGGCGCCAAUCUUUGGUCCGAUCUCCAGCCGUAUCUGAGCUGGGCCGACGAAGCGGCCGGCGCCGUCAUCAUCUACAGCAACACCAUACGCGAAACGGAGCACAUGGCCCUGGAGCUGUGCCGGCGGGGCAAACGCUGCCACAGCUACCACAGCAAGCUGCCGCUCGAGCUGAAGCGCAGCAAUCAGCAGGACUUUGCCAGCGAUCUGGUACGCAUCAUGGCGGCGACGACAGCCUUCGGCCUGGGCAUCGAUAAGCCCAACGUGCGCCUCGUCGUCCACUAUGGCGCGCCCAGCGACAUGGAGCGCUACUAUCAGGAGAUCGGACGCGCCGGCCGUGACGGCCUCGCGGCCAAGUGUGUGCUCUUCUGCGGCGACACGGACGCCGCCACGCAUCAGCGCCUGCAGCUGAGCCAGCCGCUGACGGCGCAGCGCAGCGAGGAGCUGCAGCAGCUGGCCCGCGCCAUGCUCGAGUACACACAGACCAGCCAGUGCCGCCGGCAAUAUAUACUCCGGUAUUUCGAUGAUCAGGCCACGCUGGCCGCACUCCAAAGGCGGCACAAUUGCUGCGACAAUUGCCGCAAGGCGCGUCAUCCGAAGGCGGCGCCGCCGCUCGAUCCCAGCCAGCUGGAUGUGAGCCGCGAAUCGCAGCUGCUGCUGGCCAUGCUGCGCGACGUUAACGGCCGCGUGGGCCUGGGCAGGCUGACGCUCGCCUUGCGCGGCUCCAGCAGCAAGCGCGUGCACAGCGAUUGCCGCCGUCACGAGAACUUUGGCAGCGGCGCUCAUCGUUCCAGUGUCUGGUACCGGGCUCUGGCCGAGCAGCUAAAGGCGACCGGCUACAUCAAGGAUGAGUUUCAGCGCAGCUCGAAGAGCGCCUUUGGCUUUCUGAUGCCGCAGGUCACGCUCAAGGGCUGCUGCUGGCUGGACGAGGAGCCAUCGAAUCGCGAGCCCAUCCACAUUCUGGCCGGCUUCCGGCUGGCCAGGCUGCGGCAAACGUGCAACAAGAAACCAUCAAAGGCUUCGCUAGACUGGGGCUCGGACAUAGACCUCGAUGAGCUGGACGAAUCUGUGGCUUGUGCGGAGCAAACGUCGCUUUCGUCCAGCAACGAUUCUGUUUGGGGUCCAGAUCUGGACAUUGACUUUCAGCAAAUCGACGAGGCGGUCAACGCCCAAUCCAAUUCCAAAACCCAAACUGCGCCACCUGCGGCUCCUGGCCAGCACGAGCUGGCGUCCCUGCUCGCCGACUGCCAGAAGAUCUUGCGCGAGGAGCAGGAGGAGAGCACGUGCACGCUCAAGGCGCGCAAGCGCGUCUGGCAAUACCUGGAGGGCAGCUACCAAAAGCAACCCCUCAUACCCAAGUACAAAUACGGCGCAAGGCCGACCAAAACCAACUGA